AUGGAGAGUUCCGGGGAAUGCACCAGCCCGUAUACAGACGCCAGUCCAAGCUUCAUGGCGAUGCUGCAGGAAGUUGAACCUCGGGUCGCGCGCCGACGUCUCUCUCAGGCUCGACACCGGGCAAAGCUGGCGGGUCUCUUCAAUCACCUGCGAGACACCGUUUUCUGCAGCAGUUUGCUUUUAACUUCAGAAUGGCAGGUGUUACGAAAGGCAAAGAACUACAUCAUGGAUUUGGAAAGAAAGCUUGAAAAUCUACUGAUACUCAAAGAAAAGUACCAUUUGAAAGAUGAUCAGCCGUCGAGCCUGGAAGAAGUGAAAGAUGAAUAUAUCGGCUAUUACAAGGACCACAGUGAUACGGCUUCCACUGCUCUCCCUGCCAAGACAAAGGUCACCCUUUGGCAGUGGCUGCGGGAUUAUCGAGGACAUCCCACGGAGAACGACAUGAAAUCGGUCUGCUCCCAGUCUCCAGUGAAAUCCUCGACAGAACUCCUAGAGUUUGAAGGAUACCUGAAUUUUUAUAAAGAAACAGUGGACCUUUUGGUGGAGAACAGGAUUGUGUCCAUGGAACAGAUCACUCUCCCCGUUGUGUCGAAAGCUAUCGCCCACCUCUGGCAACAAAUGUCCAUGGAGGGGAAGGCGGCAAUCUUCAAAAAGUGCUCUCAGCGAGUGUGCUUCUCCCCAAGCGAGCAACUCACCUUGCAGAUACCUUUACAGAUGGACCACUCUGCCAGAGACCGCAUCUUAGACAGCCAGGGAGCAAGUGCUUCUUCAGAAUCCAAUCAGGACGAGAUGCUUUUCGAAGACGCUUUUGAUUUGGCCUCAGGGUUCCUCGUGAAACCAGAGCUGGAUACACUGACAGAAAUAAAGGAAGAAAGCAGCCCCGUCUUCACUCACAGCUCCUGUGAAAACCCAGAGGAGACCUGCCUGCUGUACAAACAGAUCGUUAACUUUGUGCUGGCUCGCUCCGGCUCCAUCGCACUCCACUCACAGCAAAGUUCUCCAAACCUCGACGACGAGACGGUCCUCCUGAGAUGCACAGAGACGUUCGACGAUGACCUUUAACUAACGGAACUUCUGCUGAAGAAAUCCGAGAUGCCCCCAGCGGUGGGAUGAGCAGGUGAUGUUCACAGCCAUCGCAGCCCAAUAUCUAUCCCCAUGUUCCACUUGUGAUCUUGGACCUCGUUUACUGAGAAGCAAACAGCAGACACGGAAACAUGUUAUAUUUAAAAUGUGGCCAAUUAAUCUGAAAGAGUGAAUUGAAUUCUAUCCGCUCCACGGAUUACAUGUUUUCACUGGGAUUUCUUC